CGACAUCGGAUGUGAAGUGGCACGCGAGGUGAGGGCUGGGUGCGCAGACGCAGGCUGUAGCCGCAGUAGUGGACCGACGAGCGCACGCGUUGCUCGCCACGAGUUCGCGUCGGCGUCGUGAGUGCUUUCAAAACCGUUCAGUGCCGUAUUUGAAGCAAAGUGAAGUUACUACAGCAAGAUGAAGUUCCACAUCAAAAUAUUUGAUAUCGUGCCAGCGCGGUUCAACAUCGCCCUAAUGAUGUUCUUUGCGUGCUGGGUCAACUACAUGAUGCGAGUCAACAUGAGCGUCAAUAUCAUCGCCAUGGUGCCUGAUGACAAGAACUCCACGUCAGUGAAAUCAGAAUGCGAAGCCAUAGUGACGGACGACAGCGCUCUGCUAGACAAUGUCACAACAAUGAUCACCAAGCGGCAGCUGCGUCAGCCGGACGGAAUGAUAACAUUCGAUUGGACGACGCAGCAGCAGGCCUAUGUACUCUCAGGGUACUUUUGGGGCUACGCCAUCACUUGUUUGGUGGGGGGCACGGCGGCAGAGCUAUGGGGGCCCAGGAAAGUGGUGUUCCUUACAAUGCUGCUCAGCGCCCUUCUGACUACGCUGACCCCUCAAGCUGCAAGAUUGCACUACUUGGUGCUGGUCGCGACUAGAUUCGUCAUGGGACUGGCGGCAGGUUUCCUGUUUCCCGCCCUCCACGCGCUCGUGGCGCACUGGGCCCCGCCCGCGGAGAAGGGCAAGUUCGUGAGCGCGCUGCUAGGUGGCGCCAUCGGCACAGUGGUCACCUGGUCGCUCACUGGACCCCUUAUCGAGAACUACGGCUGGGACUACGCUUUUUAUAUUCCAGGAGCCAUCGCUUUCGUCUGGUGUGUGGCGUGGUGGGCUUUAGUGUACGACUCGCCAGUGCAGCACCCGCGCAUAUCCGACAAGGAACAGAAGUACAUUCUCGAAGCAAUCGGCGAUAAAGUGCAGCAAACCUCACAUAAUAAGGUCGUGCCCCCAUUCAAGAGCAUCCUCACCUCAUUCCCAUUCCUAGCGAUGGUGAUCCUCCACUACGGGAGCAACUGGGGCCUCUACUUCGUGAUGACUGCCGCACCCAAGUUUGUGUCGAGCGCGCUAGGCUUCAACCUGACGUCCACUGGCACGCUGGCGUCGCUACCGUACCUCGCUAGGAUGAUCUUCUCGUUGGUCUUUGGUGCUAUUGGCGAUAGAAUCGUGAAACAGAACGUGGUAUCAACAACCUUCAUGCGAAAAUUCUUCUGUCUCUUCUCCCACGUACUACCUGGUCUCCUACUAAUCGGCCUCGGCUAUACUGGCUGCGCACCUGUCCUCUCUGUCGCACUCAUUACGUUCUCCAUGGGUUCGAAUGGGGCAGCAACACUCACGAACCUGGUGAACCAUCAAGACUUGGCUCCGAACUACGCGGGGACGCUGUAUGGGAUCGCGAAUGGAAUUGGAAAUACUGCUGGAUUCGUGACGCCAUUAGUGACAGCGCAUUUCACUAAGAGUGGGAACGGCUUCUCAGAAUGGCGGCCCGUGUUCAUGACCGGCGCUUCGUUGUACAUCGCUUCGGCACUCUACUUCAUCUUGUUCGGCACCGGGGAAACGCAGGAAUGGAACUAUGUACCUGUUGUUGAAGAGGAGGAGAGAGAUAAACGGCCGGGCGCGAAUUCUAAUGAUAGUACUGUUACUAUUCCUGUUAAAUCAUAGAUACGUGACUAGGUAAGUGUU